AUGUCACAAGAGCGUUCCUUCAAUGUCGGCGCGGAUUAUCAAAUGUAAGCCUUUCUCGGGCCUACUCUCCUGAUCGGCCUCCGCCCCACACGAGACAGCGUGUGUCGACGCGGCAUCAUGCUGGUGCUUUCUUAGAGGGCACGCGUGAAAUGGAUUGCGAACCUAGGCUAAUGGGGUCGUGUUCUUAUCAACCACUCCUUCAGCGUCGAUGUCGUAGGAGAAGGAGCGUACGGCGUGGUCUGUUCCGUCAGUACCUUCCCAAAGUAAUGGAACGACCCUUGGAGGGAAGGGCAUCAUCGCGAAUUGGAGAAUCAAGGGGCUGACUGGAUAUAUCGCGUCUCUUUUUUAUCAGGCCAUUCACGUCGGGACACAUAGUAAAGUCGCUAUAAAGGUCGGUUCAGAAAUAUGGAACUUGGGGCGAACAUGUACUGAUGCUUGGCGUUUUCGCUCGAGGUUCCAUCUCAGAAAAUCACACCCUUUGAUCAUUCAAGUACGUUGGCGUCGCCUCAAGGUGACUCCCAAGACGUCGGUAGAAGCUGGAUUUAUUCUCCCCGCGUUCUGCCGCCACACAGUGUUCUGCCUCCGGACCUUGCGCGAGAUCAAGCUGCUGCGCUGGUUCAACCACGAAAACAUCAUCUCGAUCCUUGACAUUGUGCGCCCGCCGACGCUCGAGGCCUUUUCCGAGGUUUAUCUCAUUCAGGUUUGUCUAUAUUUCAAAUAUAGCUUUCACGAGCCUUGAAGCUGAUGUGCUUGCGGUCGACUACCUAGGAAUUGAUGGAAACGGAUUUACAUCGAGUCAUCCGGAGUCAGGAACUGUCGGAUGACCAGUGCGCCACCGAAGCUUUUUCUGUGACAGUCGUAUUAGGAACUGACAAGCCCAACCUCUUUCUGUCGUCGCAGUUGCCAAUACUUUUUGUACCAGUAAGAGUCCUACCAAGCCAAUACAGACCACGGGAGACGUCGCUGAACCGCCUUUCGUGCGUAGAACUCUUCGAGGCUUGAAGGCGCUUCAUUCCGCCGCGGUCUUGCACCGAGAUCUCAAACCUUCCAACUUGCUCCUCAACGCCAAUUGCGAUCUCAAAAUUUGCGAUUUCGGUCUGGCGCGGUCGGCGUUGUCGGCUGAGACGGAGGCGGUGGGGUUCAUGACUGAGUGAGUGGGGACUCUUGAGGGUGAUCGCGGAGAGAGGCAAUGGCUGAUGUGAGCUUGUUUUUGGGGAGACAGAUACGUCGCUACGAGGUGGUAUCGAGCGCCCGAGAUCAUGUUGACGUUCAAGGAAUACAACCGAGCCAUCGAUGUGUGGUCCGUGGGAUGCAGUCAGUCCAUUUCUAGGCUCUCCCCUCUCAAAGUUUAAACAACCCCCAACUCACCCCUCAUCCCGUGCAGUCCUCGGCGAAAUGCUCUCCUCGAAACCCCUCUUCCCCGGCCGCGAUUACCAUCACCAACUCACCUUGAUCCUCGACGUACUCGGUACCCCCUCCCUAGACGACUUUUACGCCAUCUCCUCCCACCGCUCACGGGACUACCUCCGAGCUCUCCCCUUCCGAAAGAAGCGCCCCUUCAACACGCUCUACCCGAACGCGAAUCCAUUGGCGUUGGAUUUAUUGGAGAUGUGUUUGACGUUCAACCCCAAGAAGAGGAUCACGGUCGAAGAGGCUCUCGCUCAUCCUUAUUUGGAACCGUAUCAUGAUCCGGAAGAUGAACCGACGGCGGAGAUAUUACGUGAGUUGAUCUAUGGACUUUUUUCGAAACGACUGAGGAGGUGGGGUGGGCGCUUGGGUACACGAAACUGAUUCGAUUAUUCGUGAUUACUUGUCUGGUGGUGGUGGUGAUUUCAGCUCCUGAAUUUUUUUCCUUCGAUAAGGAGCAACUCAGUCGAGAACAACUCAAGGUGCUCAUUUACGAAGAGAUCACCUCCCCUCCUCGAAUUGGGAACGUUUGA